UCAAACCAGAGCCGACUGCCAAAAGGAUGGACAUCCCAGACUGUGCCGUUUGUCUCCAAACAUGCGUCCAUCCGGUGGAACUGCCCUGCAGUCAUGUCUUCUGUUUCCUCUGCAUGAAGGGUGCCUCCACACAGUACAGAAGAUGUGCUCUCUGCAGGCAAGAGAUCCCUGUCGACUUCUUCUCGAGUCCCAAGCUGCUCCACCAUCAUGAUGAGGAUGAUGAGGGGGUGGAAGAAGAGGAAGAGGAGGUGGAGGAGAGCUAUACGUGGUUCUACGAAGGUAGGAAUGGAUGGUGGCAGUACGAUGAAAGGACAGAUGCAGAGCUGGAGGAGAGCUAUCGUGCCAACAAGCGAACCUUUGAGCUGUUGAUUGCAGGGUACGUGUAUGUCAUUGACUUGGACAGCAUGCUGCAGUAUAGGAGGUCCGAUCCUUCGCGCAGGAGACGCAUCAAACGCGACCUGGUUGGCGCCGCCAAGAAGGGCAUCGCAGGGUUGAAAAUUAAGGUAAAGCGUGAGGAGGAUUCGGCAGAUAGGCGUGUAGUUGGAGCGGAAGAAGAUAAGGAGAAUGGGGGUGCGGUAGGUGGUGCCAUUGCCUCCGAUGAAGAUAGUGGUAUGGUCAAGCAAAAGGAUGACUGUACACAAGAUGGGACUGUUCCAUCUGAGAAAGAAGGGGUGGAGAGUGAUGCAAGUACUCAGGUAACGAGGGCGGUGAGCCCCAAUGCCAAUCACAGUAACUCUGCUGGCAAUGAGACAGUGUAUGAAGUGGUGAGAAGUGCACCACCUCAAACAAGUAGAACAGGGGAGGAAUCAUCUCCUUCAAACUUUAGUUACACCAACCCUUCCCCAGCUGAUAACCCUCCCCCUACUUAUGCCAAACCUAUACGUCAAAGAAGGAGACCAGCCAAUGAAUCUUCUUCAUCAGGUGCAAGUUCGCAGGUAGUCAACGAUACACAAGGGGAUUCCCCAGUCAGUCAGCGUCUAACGGUUAGCCACCAGCGAACCCAUUCUGCACCGGAGCCACGCCCCUCCAGUCGACCAAGGGGCCCCGCCCCUCAGGCCCCACCCAGAAACCUGGUCAGCCAGCAAGUUAGUAGCUCUGCUGCUCAAAGAACAGAAUCUGAGGACACUCCUAGUCAUGUUGAGAGGAUCACUGAAACAUUGCGCUCAGAGUUGGUCAUAAACGUUAGUCCAAAUGCGGACACCGGCUCAGGGGCUAGAAGGCGACAGGUUCGCAGACAUGUGCAUGAAGUAUGAGACGAUCAUUAACAUGGAUUCUAAUCAGGAGCUGGAUGCUUAAUGGUGUGUGUAUAUUACAGAAAAGAUAAAGUUAAUGGAUGCAGGUUAGAAUUAUGCAAUGUACAUUGGCUACUGUUGGCCUUCUCUUUGCUUGAUCUCACUUUCAGACGAUGUGCCUACGUAAUUUCAUUGUAUGUUGUGUAAUAAUGAAUUCACUAUUUUCUCACA